GCGACACACUCCGGUGCCAGGGACAGAGUCGAUUUAAACAGUAAAAACAUUCAGUUUGGGACCAAUAUCAUGGAGGCCACAGGGUUCUGUGGGAUGGAGGUGGCGACCCGGGGGCUAGUGGGGGGAUCUGGCAGCAGCUCCCCUCCAGAUCUGGACAGCCCAGGUUGCCAGGAGCAUGUGGGGGUGUUUGAGCUGGUCAGUGGCUCCUGCAGUGAGGAGGUGAGAGGGGAGACUCCAGGGAGAGAGGACUGCCCCCUGGACCCCAACAAUGCUGAGCUAGACCCAGGCAGGGGUGGCAAGAUCAAGGACCAAAAGGGAUUCGGAAAAGAGGUUCUCCUACUGAUGCAAGCCCUGACCACUCUAGCCUCCCCAGAGGAGAAGCUGGCCGCUUUGUGCAAGAAGUAUGCUGAUUCGCUGGAGGAGAGCCGCAGUAUACAGAAGCAGGUGAAGGUCCUGCAGAAGAAGCAGUCCCAGAUGGUCAAGGAGAAGAUUCACCUGCAGAGUGAACACAGCAAGGCCAUCCUGGCACGCAGCAAGCUGGAGAGCCUCUGUAGGGAACUACAGAGACACAACAAGACCCUCAAGGAUGACAACACGCAGCGGUCCAGGGAGUAUGAGGAGCGUCGUAAGGAGGCCACCCUUCACUUCCAGAUGACGCUGAACCAGAUCGAGGUACAGAUGGAGCAACACAACAUUCACAACUCCAAGCUGCGCCAGGAGAACAUGGAGCUGGCCCAGAAACUCAAGAAGCUCAUCAAACAGUACGAGCUCAGGGAGGAGCACAUUGACAAGGUGUUCAAGCACAAGGAGAAGCAGCAGCAGUUGGUGGAUGCCAAGCUCCAGAGGACAGCUGAGCUGAUGAGAGAGGUGGAGGGGAAGCAGCAGAGAGAGAGAGACUUUCUCCUGAAAGACGCCACAGAGUCCAGACAUGAGUGUGAGCUGAUGAAGGAACAGGAGACUCAGCUCAAACAGCAGCUCUCUCUGUACAUGGACAAGUUUGAGGAGUUUCAGACCACUCUGGCGAAAAGCAACGAGGUGUUCACUACCUUCAGACAGGAGAUGGAGAAGAUGACCAAGAAGAUCAAGAAACUGGAGAAGGAGACGACUGUGUGGAGGACCAAGUGGGAGACCAACAACCAGGCUCUGCUACAGAUGGCUGAGGAGAAAACAUUGCGGGACAAACAUUACAAGGGCCUGCAUGGGAAGCUGGAGCGCCUGGAGAAACUGUGCCAGGCCUUGCAGAUGGAGAGGGACGACCUCACCACCAAACUGGGAGACCUACAGUCAACAACCACGGAGGAGGAGGAGGGGCCUCCAGACCCCCAGCCCAACCAGGAGUCUACCCAGGAUGAGCUCUCUCCGCCUGGGAGGGGGGAAGAGACACAGCCCCCUACUACCCCUGAACUGGAGCCAGAGACCUCCACAACAGAGCAACUUGACAACUGAGCCACUAACCACCUCUGGCUUUUUGGGGGGUAUAUUUGAAUACAGUAGAUCUUUUUUUGUGUGAUAGAAAGUUAUAAUUAAGAUUAAAAUGACUGCAUUAUUAACGAUGAAUAUAGUACUUUUUGCCCUGACUACAUUGUAACAGUGGGCUUUGUGGUGAGCACUUAGCUCCCCCCUUUUUCUACCACAUUUGUAUUUUCUUAGACGAUUGUCUUCAGUCACAGGGUUGUUCAGCAGCUUUCCUGUGGUCAGUCACAGGGUUGUUCAGCAGCUUUCCCAUGGUCAGUCACAGGGUUGUUCAGCAGCUUUCCCAUGGUCAGUCACAGGGUUGUUCAGCAGCUUUCCCAUGGUCAGUCACAGGGUUGUUCAUCAGCUUUCCCAUGGUCAGUCACAGGGCCGUCUCUCCAUUUCCUUUACAGUCUGACGCCGUCUCUUGGCAGCUUUCUUCCAUUUAAAAAUCGAUCUUUUGGAGCUGUGGCAUUGUAGUCAGAUUCAAUCAAUUUUUUGGAACUGAUAUUGUAGUCUGAUUUAAAUCCUGUCAUAUACAUAUUGUUGAAGAUAUUGCUAUAUUGACGGAGCCUUGUUGCAUCGUCGUGACUAACUGAAUCUUGUCUCUGUCUAGGAACAGAAAUAGCAGGGCAUUGCACAGUAGAAUAGUCACAAACGUACAACGUUUAUCUCAGAGCAGGGUCCAUAGAAAUAUAAUUACUAGAACGGGAGUGCCCAUUUCAAGUCAACGUAAAAAAUUUGGUUGACUUGUAUUUCUAUGGAUGGGCCAUAUCAGUCCUUGGGUUGUCAUGAUUGGGUCUAUUGGUUUUCUAAUUCCUCAGAACUGGUGUACAGUUUCAGUCCAGUCUCCUUGACUUAAUGAGGUUUACUGUAAAGUUGAAACCCUGUAAACACACUUUGAAGCACUGGGGAACAUCCUUGUCCUUUUAACAUAGGAGACUGAGUCUGAAGGGUUAAAUAUGUUCUGCUUUGACCAGGCUGCUAUCCAGUCAACACACAGCACAGUCAGUCAUUGUUGGUCUGUGAGAGACAGUUUCACUGGUUGACAGUUUCUGCAGGAGGACCCCUUGUUCAGAUGCUGCUGCAGCUACAGGCUUUCCUGGUUUGUAAUUCCAGUAGCCUGGUCCCAGAUCUGUUUCUGCUGUCUGGUCCAACUUGACCAUAGGAGUUGGAAAACAGCACAACAGGGCCAAACUGUUCUCCAGCUCUCCUUAAAACCACUAAUUCCAUCUGAUGGGGGGCAUUCGGUUCAAUUUACCCAAUGGUUAAGGGCUCACUGGGUCGUUUACCCAAUGGUUAAGGGCUCACUGGGUCGUUUACCCAAUGGUUAAGGGCUCACUGGGUCGUUUACCCAAUGGUUAAGGGCUCACUGGGUCGUUUACCCAAUGGUUAAGGGCUCACUGGGUCGUUUACCCAAUGGUUAAGGGCUCACUGGGUCGUUUACCCAAUGGUUAAGGGCUCACUGGGUCGUUUACCCAAUGGUUAAGGGCUCACUGGGUCGUUUUCCCAAUGGUUAAGGGCUCACUAUGUAAUUUUACUUCUGUGUGUAAUCAUUUGGUUGAAGAAGUCAGUGGGGCACUUUACUGCAGAUGCUGUGGGCUUUCAGGAACUGGAACAGCUUGGUAAUGUAGGGUUAUGUGCCAGACCAGUGAACAUGCAUUUAUAUGGGACGUAAUCUGUUUCUUGGUCUCCAAAUCAGCUUCUUUCUAUUCCUUAUGCCGGUGCUUUGUUGAGACACAAAAUAUUGGCAACAUUUUGUUUUAUUUCUGGAAGCAAAACAUUUUUUAGUUGGAUUUAUAAGGUGCCUUGUCAUCUUAGAUGUUAUACUGGAAAAACAGGCAAUUUAAAAACAUUUUUUUACCAACACUCUGUACUGAAUACCUAUGAAUGGAACGUAUGUCAUUCAAGCAUUACAACUCAAUGCUAACCUUCAAUAAGAGCUAUUAGGGAUACUUGCCGACAAUGUGAAAUGUGUGGAGUACUAUGAAUGUAGUUAAUGUACCCGAAUGUCACCCAUGUUGCUAGUCUCUUGUAAUGAGAAUGAUGAUGGUUUUGGGCCCCAGGUCAGAGUUGUGUUCAUUAGGCAUCAAGACAAGAAUUGAAACUGGAUUCAAUAACUAAUACCUGUUCCAAUAAGAAACACUGUUUCCAGCUGUGAAAUAUUGAAAACGUUAUCUGAUGCGUGUCCUAAUGAACACUACCCAGGUUCCCCUAAUGGCCUGAUCACCCUGUCAUCUACCUAGAAACCUCAAACACUGAUAUCACCAGCUCAGACUUUUAGAUUGUCUGUCUUGUUUUCUCGUCAACUUGGUAUUUGUCGUAAGGAUGUCGUUCAGAGCACAGCCCCUGAAGUUCUUCUAAACGUUCACGGCUUUGCAGGAAAGUGUUAAGAUGGGUCCAAGCCACAGUUUGGGGGGUGGGGGAUACAAUCUCAAUGUUACAGUAUCUUAAACCCCCUCUAAAGUCUUUAAUCAAGUUCAAUACUUUACUGGGUAAUCUAUUGAUUUGAUGGGUUCAUGUAAAGAUGACACUAUAGACCAGGCCAGUUGGUCUACUUGCAUUUUGGAUGUAGCCUAAAGCCAUCUGCUUGGGCUAUUAUGCCAACUCAUUGUCAUGUUAAUGUCUGGCUUGACAAUGACAGCAAUGAAGUAGACUGGCACUCAGGCUAUUGUGGAUCUCCUUUACCAUCGGUUGUGAUGUCUGCCACAGUUAAACUCAGGUUAUGCAAGACGUCUACCUCUGCAGGUGAGAAGAACUGUGAAAGCGGAGCGAGUUGAAUGUUCAGAAAGCUUUAUGAGCCCACAUUCCCCUUUACGAGAUUGUAAAAUGUUCUAGUCCAGUCUCUUGCUUUUCAAUAAAAAACCAUUUUGUAGAAUUUUC